GCCCUCUCGUAACAAACGGAUCACCAUGGCCACCAUACAACCUCAAGAUCAACCACGGAAGAAGCGAACCAGGGCCAAGGUUCCCAAGGUCAGAACAGGUUGCAGGACUUGCAAGUCAGUUACUCGGAUAAGACCGAAUGGCACGAGCUGUAAGACUAAUCUAGUGUUGCAGACGUCGCCACUUGAAAUGCGAUGAAGCAAAGCCGUCCUGUCUUCGUUGUUUGAGAGACAAAUGGACAUGCGAUGGCUAUUCGCAGAGCAGCCCUGAGCCGCUUCACAUCAGCGGCACUUCCUCCUUUGAGCUGCCCUUACAUCCGAAGUCAAACGAAAUGACCAGCGGGCCUAGUACAUUACGCCCAGCUUUGACGGGCGGAGUGAUGAUCAACACAGCUGAUAUUGCUCUGUAUUACCAUACCAGGGAGUGGGUGAUUCCCGACCUUGAGAUGAUUGAUGGCUCAAGAGAGUUCUGGCACGACAUCAUACUACCACUAUCUUAUUCAAACACUGCCAUCAAACACGCGCUGUGUGCAUUGGGGGCUUCCCAUCAGCGGUUUCUCGCGUCAUACCCGGGGAACAUAACCAACUUGAACCAUUCCAUCGACUACGACUAUCAAGCAAAUCUCAAAUACAGUGAAGCUAUUGCCCUAAUACGCCCAGUCAUGGCAGAGAAUUCUGCCUGCAACAUACAAACCGCAUUACUGUGCUGUACAAUAUUUAUAUGCAUCGAGAACUUGCACCGUCGUUAUGCUGACUCGGUGCGCCAUCUUCGCGCCGGUCAUCAGCUUCUAGAAUCACUACGCGCCAUUCCAUCAUCGAAGACAUCGCCGAGUGGAAUGAGCCGUCAGCCAGCGAACAAUGGGUUGUUGAAAACAUUAGCUGCAAUGUUCUCCUCUCUCGGAAAAAGUGUCGGUGCACUCACAGGAGAUACCUCCUUCUCCAAUAUCACUCACUGCACCACAGAGAUAGAUAUGGGCAACCCCAAAGCGCCUUUCUUGACUAUCACAGAAGCCGAAGACUCUAUUACAGCCUUGAAUGCAUUCUUCGACGACUGUCUCUUUGGCAACGACACUCUACCCGACGACGAUCAAACAAUUGGCUGCAAGAGUCUUGCGCAAUCAGCCACCGAGUCCUUCAUCCAUGCCCUCGAUCUAAUAAAACCUCUUUUCCUUUCAUGGAGUUCAAAGAUGCAACUAUUCGUCACGUCUGUCCAGAUAAAUCCAUUUGGAACCCUGGAGAAACGCCGCCUGGCUGUGUUGUCGCUGUACCAGACAACAUGGUCAGCUUUUCUCGAUACCGACCCUCACAACACAGGGUUCGCGAAGAGUGACUACGAAAGAAUACUCAGCAAGAUUGAGCAGAUUAUUGCGCUAGAGAACUCUCAACUCCGGCCAAUGUUUGCUUUCGACGGACAUCUAGUUCGCGAGCUUUCUACAAUUUGCGCUUCAUGUACAGACGCCGAAAUUAGGAACAGAUCGAUCAUGAUACUACGGUCUAUGAAUCGACGUGAAGGAGUUUGGGAUAGUUGGGAGGUGGCGAAUAUCUACGAGAAAGUCUUUGAAGGAUUAGAAAGUGGUACUUUGUCAUUUGACGACCUUCCAUGGGGGUUAACGCAGCUAUUAAAAGAGCUAUCUAAUUGAAGCACAAUACAUCUUAAGAAUAAACGACAGGGUGACGUUUU